AGCGGCUAUUCAACAGCUUAGGAGUCGCUCAAGAUCCAAGCCGGUAUUCGCACGUGGGUCCCAAGUCCUGUGUUCCGCGCGUCGUUACUCUUCGCGAACGAUUCUGGCAGCAUGAAUAAUCGGGCACGCAGAUUGUCGUCGUUCGCGAUGCUGGUGCUGGUGCUCGUGGUACAGGUGAUCGUGGCGGCGGCUGUAGAAUCUGAAUCCAGAUCCAUGAACGGGUCGAACGAUGACGUUGACCCGGACGACGACUCAAUUAUCCUCGAAGGCGCGAUCGAUCCGAAUCAGUCCGAAUCAAGAGAGGGUCGAGGCAUUCUUUGGAGCGGAGCAACGACUCGUGAGACUUGCUUAACAUCCAAAGGCGAAGUCGGUCGAUGCAUGACCUUCAAAGAAUGCUAUCCGUACUUUAAAAUUCCGGACCUUGGUGCCCUAGACGGAUGGGUUCUUGGCGUUUAUGACACAUGCAGCUACAUUCGAGAAGAUGGAAAUCCGAGCUUCGGAAUUUGUUGCUCGAAUCUACAACCUAUCACACCUCGACCGCCAUCCGAUAACUGUGACGAUUCCAUCGUGGAACAUCCCCAAAUCGAGGAUAAUAAGAAAAAAGGCGAUGAUACGGGGUUGGCACGUCCUCAGGCUGUGCCCACUUGGCCACCACCGAUUCCCACACAUCCGCCCGAUCACACAAUACCGCCACUGCCAACCCAUCCAUCCUCACCUGGUCUAUCGACGACGCAGUCCACGACCUUGAAACCGAUAACUAGCUCAAAGAAACCGGGAGUUGCCACUACAUGGCCGACGAAGAAGCCAACCUGGUGGCCAGCCUCAUCAGGCACGUCGACUACCAGCAAAUCUCCGAUCGACACCAACAAUCUAUCACAGUGCGGUGCCAAGAAUGGCAAUCAAGAUCAAGAACGUAUUGUGGGAGGAAAGAAUGCAGACCCAGGGGAAUGGCCGUGGAUCGCCGCGCUUUUCAAUGCCGGCCGUCAAUUUUGCGGCGGAUCGCUCAUCGACGACAAGCAUAUAUUAACAGCAGCGCAUUGUGUCGUAAACAUGAAUUCUUGGGACGUCGCGAGAUUAACAGUACGUCUCGGUGAUCACAAUAUCAAAACGAACAAUGAGAUUCGUCACAUUGAAAGACGUGUAAAGAGAGUCGUGAGACACCGAGGCUUCAAUUCACGUACACUCUAUAACGAUGUGGCACUACUUACGUUAAGCGAACCUGUAGAAUUCACGGAACAAAUCCGACCUAUCUGUCUUCCUAGCGGAUCACAGUUAUAUCAAGGCAAAACGGCAACUGUUAUAGGAUGGGGUUCUUUGAGAGAAAGUGGACCACAACCAGCAAUUUUACAAGAAGUUUCGAUACCUGUGUGGUCCAACAGCGAAUGCAAAUUAAAAUAUGGAGCAGCAGCACCAGGUGGUAUAGUCGACAGUUUCCUAUGUGCUGGUCGCGCCGCUAAGGAUUCGUGCUCAGGCGACAGUGGAGGUCCUUUGAUGGUUAAUGAUGGACGCUGGACUCAGGUUGGAAUUGUCAGUUGGGGAAUUGGCUGCGGAAAAGGACAAUAUCCAGGGGUGUAUACGAGAGUAACACAUUUCAUGGCGUGGAUUGAUAAAAAUCGAAAAUAGAAAAUAUACGCGUUAUACGUAUUUAUCGCACAGUCUCUUUCGCACAGUCGCUGUUUCUUAGACAAUGUUUUGUCGAAGAAUUGAUUCCACUCGCUUUGAGAAAUGUGAUAAAAAAAAAACUAUCCUGCCCUAAAUAUAAAAAUAGAGCUUUAUAACGGUAUUAAAAUCUUUUUUAAGGAAGUUUGACAUUAUGUCAUUUCCUUUCUAACUAAUUAAAAUAAUCUUUGAGACAAUUCUUCAUAUCAUCGUAGUCUACGUACGUUUCCUCGUCAUUAAAAUAAACUAUCCAUUUACUAUGUACGAUACGAUUAAAAAAUCGUUGAUUA